UCUUCAUCUUCCCCCUUCAUUACUCGGUUCAGCUGUUUUGCUUCUGGUUGCUUUCCAGAGAUGUCAGCCCAUCCACCUCCACCGCCGUCCCCAAUUCCACCUUCACCGCUACCUCAACCCCCGCCCCAACGGCAUAGCAGACGCCCACCCCCAUCUCAAAGGCCACCGACACCAAUCUCCCUCAGCCAAAUCAUCAUAUCAAAGCGUGCUGCGAAUGGAGAAGCUCCAGCACCUGAUGCAGAAAACCUUAUCUCAAGUAAACCGACAAAGCAAAUAAUACUCCGGCAACCUCAACGGACAAAUCCGCUUGUAUGGUGCUGUGCAAUUGCGUGUCUCAUAUUUAGUGUUGUUCUUAUUUUCUUUGGAAUUGCGACUUUGAUACUCUUCUUAGUUGUUAAACCAAAAACUCCAUCGUUUGACAUCCCCAAUGCAAGCCUCAACACCAUCUACUUCGACUCACCGGAAUAUUUCAACGGCGACUUCACCUUCCUCGCAAAUUUCUCCAACCCUAAUCGGAAACUCGAUAUAAGAUUUGAGUAUCUGGAUUUGGAGCUUUUCUUUUCUGACAGGCUCAUAGCAACUCAAUCUCUUGCACCUUUCACACAAAGACCUGGAGAAGGAAGGGGUGGGAUCGGUUCGCUUGAUAUCGAGCUUGGUUUACCUUCCUGUCAAUCACGCUGUGGCGCUUCAAACGCAGGUGCAGAACAAUCAAGUUAACUACAAUAUGAGAGGAACAUUUAAAGUGAGAGCCAGUCUAGGUAUGAUCCAUUUUUCCUACUGGUUGCAUAGCAGAUGCCAAUUACAGAUGACAGGUCCGCCGAGGGGUGUUUUAGUUGCAAGAAGUUGCAAAUCUAAAAGAUGAAGAUCCAGAAGCAUUCUUUCCUGGUAUCUUCCUCCUAUGUUCCUAGUAUGUCUACUUUGAAACCCUAAAUGUGUAAAGGUCAUACGAGCUAUAUAAAUAUGAUACAUGAGCAUUCUUUUCUACAAACUUACGAAA